AUGGCAAUUGCGGCAAUCGGUCAGAUCUGCUCAACGAAGUCGAUCAAGGGUAAUCUGGAACAAUGUGUCAAACUGGUGGCGAGUGCAGCUCGGGGACAAGCAAAGGUCUUGUUUCUCCCUGAGGCGGCUGACUACAUCGGCUCCGAUGGUAAGGAGUCACUCAAGCUCGCAGAGCCUCAAUCGACGUCAUCCUUUGUGAAAGGUCUUCAAGAUGCAGCUCAAGAGUAUCACGUUGCUGUCCACGUAGGAAUCCACCAUCGUGAUGAGACUGAUAUUGGGCAAGAGAAGUCAAAGAGGAUUCUGAACCGUACUAUCUACAUCCAAGAGGAUGGUCAAAUCGAUGAUACAGCAACUUAUGACAAGCUUCACGCAUUCGACUUUGGCAAGAUGAAGGAGAGCGACACAGUCCAGCCAGGCACAACUCUCACGGCACCGUUCGACACGCCUGUGGGCCGCAUUGGAAGCCUCAUCUGCUUCGACUUGCGAUUCCCAGAGGCACCCUUGGCACUCGCCCAGCCUGGCCCUCGCAGCGCGUGGAAGAACCGCCCAGCGCAGAUACUGACGUACCCCAGCGCCUUUACCUGCCAAACGGGGCCAGUGCAUUGGGAGACUCUUCUCAGAGCCAGAGCUAUCGAGACACAGAGCUACGUCAUCGCUUCAGGUCAAGUUGGAAAGCAUAAUGAGAAGAGAUCGAGUUGGGGACAGAGCAUGAUCAUUGAUCCUUGGGGAAAGGUUGUGCUGAAGCUCAAGGGUGUGAAGGAGGAGGGAGGGAAAUAUGAGGGCACGCCAGAGGAGGGUGCUGUAGGGGACAUCGGGUUCGUGAACAUUGAUCUUGAGUAUUUGGAGAAGAUUCGAAACGACAGCCCUCUUCAGAGGAGAACUGAUGUUUAUCCUGAGUUGACUUGCAGCAAGGCAUAG